AUGGGAAAGAAAGGAAGUGGCUGGUUUUCAACUGUCAAGAAGGUGUUUAAGCAGCACCCUUCAAAGGAUUCAUUGGAGAAGAAGAAGGAAAAUGCCGAGAAAUGGCAAUUCGAAGCACCAGAAGUUGUCUCCAUCGAACAUUUCCCCGUAGAAAGUUCUCCGGAUGUUACAAAUGGUGAGAGUUUUGAGUUGUCUCCAGUGACUGAAGAUCAGAAUCAUGCUAUUGCUGUGGCUGAGGCGACUGCUGCUGCGGCUGAAGCUGCUGUUGCAGCUGCUCAAGCAGCUGCUAAAGUAGUUAGAUUAGCCGGUUAUGGACGAGACUCCAAGGAAGAAAUGGCAGCAACCAUUAUACAAUCAUAUUACAGAGGAUACCUGGCAAGACGAGCAUUACGAGCUUUGAAAGGAUUGGUAAGGCUGCAAGCUCUAGUGAGGGGCCAUAAUGUGCGCAAGCAAGCUCAAAUGACAAUGCGGUGCAUGCAAGCACUUGUCCGCGUGCAGUCAAGGGUACGUGAACAAAGACUACAACUAGUACAUGACAAGCUUCAAGACAAGUUACAUGAACAAAUAGAAGAGAAAAUCAGACUAGAUCAAGAAGAGAAGAAGAAAUGGAGUUCAAUAAAGAAGUUUGAAUCCAGAGCCCAGGAUAGAAGGAAUUCAGGCAAUGACAAAAGUACAAGGAAAAAUUCUCUGUGGAAACAUGAUUCUGAAAUGAAAAAGGAGAGGGCCCUUGCCUAUGCUUUUGCCUACAAGCAACAGGAACAAGUUUUAGGUUCAGAUCAAAACUUUGAUGAUGAUGGAAUUUAUGGCCGUGAGAGUGACGAAUCUCAACGGGGUUGGAACUGGCUCGAGCGGUGGAUGGCUGCACAGCCCUACCAUUCUCGGCACAUGGUGGCGCGGGAAAGUUCCUAUGUGACACCUACCAUGACAGACAGCAUGUCUGAUAUAACUGUUGACAAGGACUCGGUCUCGGUCACACCACUGUGGUCUGAAAAUGUGAACAUGGGCCGACAAAGGGGAGGCCCAAUUGAGAGAGGCCCAUGUACAACAAGACAGCCACGAGAUGAUGUCCCUAGCUAUAUGGCCCCAACAAAGUCUGCAAAAGCAAAAGUAAAGAGCCUUGGUCCUGUCAAACAGCAUAGCCCACCAGGAGCCCAGUGGAAUUCAUCAAUUAAAAAGAGGACUAUUAAUGGGCUUAGCUAUGACUCGUCCAGCUCAGGUGGACCAAUAACUUAUCAGGCCUCAUGGAUCCAAAGCCCAAAAAAUAAUGGACGUAGGCCGGAAAAUUUGAUUGCAGACCGUAGCCCAGAACUCAGUAGUGAAUGGAAGCAUAAUUUUGGCUGA